CUCGAUGUUUGGAGGCAGUGUGUCUGUGUCUGUGUCUGUGUUUUUACGUGGGCCUUUCAUUGACUGCCGGUUGUCAGUGAUUUUUCCAUCUGUAAUGAAACAAUAAACCAAGAGUUUCAAUGUGUGUGUGUGUGUGUGUAUAAAGUGUACUGACAGCAGAGCGGAGUCACGGACGUGGAGCUCCUUCUCUCCGACUCCUGGCCCUCCUAGCACUCUAGCGCCAUCCUUCCCCCAGCUGCAGCAGCAGCAGCAGCGCUGAGCUCUUUGGCUGAGGAAGGCGUCUGUCACCGUGAGGCGAAAGGUAAAAAAAAAAAAAUUUAGCAGAAAGAAAUGUCAGGAAUAUUUGUGCCGGUGGGCGGGGUCUCCGCUGAAGGAACAAUCGUGGUGACGGUGCCAGGGAGCCACCUCACCGCAGAUUAGGUUUCUCUGAGUGACAGCGUCUCCAUGGCAAAUAAUUUGACUCAGGCUAUUGUCUUAUCCUCGCCUUCCCCGGGUCAUAUAACCGACCAAUCAGAGCUCUGCUAAUCGCUGCUGCUGCCAGUUUACAAUAAUAUUAUUAAAACCAGUCAACGAGUCCGCUCCGCAGGAGUAGGUUAUGUUGGACGGGUGUAGGAAAGGUGGAGGAGGACGGUGGAAGGAGAAGCAGCUCUGUGAAGACGCCGUGUGGACACGGAGGCUGUGAAUGACUUUGUGGCUCCGGAAGUUGUCAAAGUUUUAGACUUUAGAGAAAGAGGAGGAAAAAAAAAAAACUAAAGCCGAAAAAGUUCUCUCUGUCACCGAUGGACUGGGAAUAAACCGGGAUUAAGGCACGAUCUCAUCUGUCGCCAUGUCCAUGCUGCCGACGUUCGGCUUCACGCAGGAACAGGUUGCGUGUGUGUGCGAGGUGCUGCAGCAGGGAGGAAACAUCGAGCGGCUCGGCCGAUUCCUCUGGUCGCUGCCGGCGUGCGAACACCUCCACAAGAACGAGAGCGUCCUCAAAGCCAAGGCCGUGGUCGCCUUCCACCGCGGGAACUUCCGCGAACUCUACAAGAUCCUGGAGAGCCACCAGUUCUCCCCGCACAACCACCCGAAGCUGCAGCAGCUGUGGCUGAAGGCGCACUACAUCGAGGCGGAGAAGCUGCGGGGCCGCCCGCUGGGCGCCGUGGGCAAGUACCGGGUCCGCAGGAAGUUCCCGUUGCCCCGGUCCAUCUGGGACGGAGAGGAGACCAGUUACUGCUUCAAGGAGAAGAGCAGGAGCAUCCUGAGGGAGUGGUACACCCACAACCCCUACCCUUCUCCCAGGGAGAAACGAGAGCUGGCCGAGGCCACGGGACUCACCACCACUCAGGUCAGCAACUGGUUCAAGAACCGGCGACAGCGGGACCGAGCGGCGGAGGCUAAGGAGAGAGAAAACAACGAGAACUCCAACAACAACAACAGCCACAACCCCCUGACGUCCUCCAUGAACGGAAAUAAGACUCUGUUGGGAAGUUCGGACGACGACAAAACGCCCUCGGGGACACCGGACCACACGUCCCCGAGCCCGGCUCUGCUCCUCGGCUCUAACAGCGGUUUACCGAGCCUGCACGGCCUGGCUCCGCCGCCGGGGCCCAGCGCCAUCCCGGUACCGAGCGGCGCAGACUCGGUGCACCAUCACCACUCUUUGCACCAUGACACCAUACUGAACCCUAUGUCUUCUAACCUGGUGGACCUCGGCUCUUAAAGAGAAGCAUCACGUGACUUGAAUAAACUCCAGUCAUUUUCUUUUCUUUACUUUCUUUUUUUUUUUUUUUUUUGGAUAAGCGAGCCCUCCUCCAGGUGAACGGACGAGUCUGAACCACGCACUCGGGAACACGCAGCCACUACAACAGUCAUGUCUCAGCAGUUUUCACCUCCGUUUCUACCAGAACACCCACUGUUACCACCGAACCGAACCGAACCGAGCUCAGUUCCCGGGAUUUUGUCAAGAGCAGCGCCCGUUAAAGUCUCACCUUUGUCCGUUUGUACUCACUCUGAUCCUCGGGGAUGAACAGACCUGAGGUGGAGACUGUAAGAAAAAAAAGAAGAAAAAAAAGGUGAGAAAAGGAAGAAAAACAACAACCUGAAACUCAAUACGUUUCAUAUUAAGACGUCUUAACUCUUGUCAUUAUAAUGAUGUUAUUUUAGAGGUUGACAAAUAUGAACGGAGACGGAGGGACAUUUGUUUUUUUCCACUUCCGUUUUUUUUCUCUCUCUCUCUAAGUCUGGGAUUUUCUGAGGAAGAGGACUGGACAGGAGGACAUGGCUAAUAUCAUACGUCACAGUUGUCAAAUAUUUUAACACAAACGCGAAGACAGAAAUCUGACGUUAAACCCACGACUUUGAACAUUUGAAUGGAGGAAUCUGAGUCAGUGUUGAAAUCAGAAAAAAGAGUCACAGUUGUAAAAGAAAAAAGAAAAAACACAUUCAACAACUUUAAGGUCUAAUAAUAAUUAUUAUUAUUAUAACAUUAAUAAAACAAUGAAAUUGUUGUUUUUUUUAGACUACAUGCAAUAUUUUUUCCCGAUCCAAAAUUUAACUCUAAAAUCCACAGUAUUUAUAUUUAGAUAAAAACCAACUUUGGUUUUUAACAUAAUUCUGCCAACACUGCGAGGUUUGUGGCACAAAUCCGACUGUAUAAAUUACACUGUCCUAUUUAUACAUAAAAGUGACGGCAAAAUAUUCUGAUUUAAAUCUCACAAAUAAAAAAUUACAUUUUUUUAUAAAUGUAUCAUUUUUUUCUAAGAUAAAGGCCAGGACUUUGGGAUUAACGUGACGAUAUUCUGAUCUUUCUUUCUUUUAAUUGUGACUGUUUUCAUGAAAUGUCUUUUAUUCUGAUUUCAAACUCCUGCUUUGGAUUUCCCCCUUUUUUCUCGAUGAGAAAAAAAUUCCAAACUUCAUGUUCUUGCUCCAAUCCUCUUCUCCAGCAGAGCCAUAAACGGUUAAAUAUAAAUAUUGUUUUUUUUUAUCUACACUUCAAGGUUUGUUUACAUCUCCAGUGUCUUAUUAGAGCCGUAAUGAGAUGGAACGUCUUAUCAUAUUAUUAUAAUGUAAAUAUGUUCAUGUUCAUUUGGAAGAGACUGCAUGUUAACUUGGCGACAAGUGAAAACCAACUCAGCUAUAGUUUCAUAUACUCUUUACAAUAAAUGAAAAAAAAA